CGUCGGGGUAUUUUUCAGGUUCAAUUCAAUUCCUCCGUAUUGGUUCCUGAACCAUCAGGUUGGUAUUCAAUCCGCUUUGCCUGUCGCAUCUCAGUGAAUAACGAUCCCUUUGAACCUCCGCAGAACAAACCACCACCGUUAGCCACACAAGCCUCAGUUCAACGACUACCCGUUCUCGCUCUCUGACCGGCAAGGUUAGAAUGGCCGCGUAGACGGGUGGGACGCUCCUCGCUCUAUCUUUCCCGUUUAACGUUUCGCAUGGCUCCCAUUGAGGCAACGCGUGGCUGAACAGUCAAAGCGAUUCUCCGACAUACCUAGACAUGAUGAACCAUCACUUGCCCGCAAUGCCCCAUGGGCAGCCGCCCAUGCCACCUCGACGGCAGCAAGAUCUUCCUUACACUACAGGGCCUCCCACGAUGCGAUCUCCCCCGGGAUAUAUGGGAUAUCACCCCCACAUGAAUGGCCAUCCGCCCCCUGCUUAUUCACCGCAGCAAUACCCUCAUUGGUACCCAGCCUAUCCUCAAAUGCAGCUCCCUCCACGCCCUUACCAGCAUCCUUAUGGCCCGAUGAUCGUGUCUUCCUAUCCACACGCGCAGCCCAUCAUGGCACCAGCUCAUAUCCCGCCCCCAACGCUCCCGUUGCAGCCGAGGACUUCAACUCCUCUUCAAUCCACCAUGUCUCCCGUUGUCCCCGCGCCAGUCCCCGCGCCAGCCCCGAUUGAUAUGCCCGAACACCCCCCUGCAAAUAUUCCUAUCCACCCAGCUCCCAGCCCCGCUGUGUCCUCGCCACCAGCUCCAGAAGCUACAAAGCCUGUUCCAACCCCUAAAGAGCCCUUCCGUGCACCGCUGCCCUGGCUUUCCGUUCCUGACCACCCGUUUCCUGCCCGUAUCUCGCGUCGGCGUCGAAAAAGCCGUCUUUUCCAGUCUUCCUCGAAGUCUGUAGAGCUUCCCGCAAAGGAAGGCCUCCGGAAUGCCCGCGCAGAAGAACACGCAAAGCGUGAAGAGCCAGCGGCCCAAACAUCAUCUGAACCGCAGACGCCAACACUAUCUGGUGCUCCGUCGGAUUCAAAUUCAACGCAGCCAACCACGCCUUCAUCGGUGGCUCCAAAACCGUCGACGCGUCCACAGUCUCAGGUUCAGGCUCAGACAAAAGCAUCGAAGCCUGCUGUUCCUGUAGUCCCUGUAGUCCCUGUCCUUCCGCAGAGUCCAGCUACCCCGCGUCAACCAGCUAAGGGUGACACUUCUGAAACGCCCAAGUCCACAGCUGAUACUAAGCAAGAGGCUCCAGCUGGCAUCCCUGUAAAAACGGGCGCGAGUGUCUCAGAGGAGUCUACCAAUGCCGCCUCGCCUCGUGCGGCACCCAAGUCAUGGGCAGAUCUUGUGCGGGCGAAGAAUCUUUCUAAGGCCACAGCUACUCCCACUGCAGCAUCGACCGAGUCAACCGGCAUAAUAUUACCCAAGAACGAGUCUCUUGCUAAUGUCUUGACUAACCUGGCUGAAGACGUUAACCAGUAUAGCGAUAAGGUGGCUUUCCUUGAACCUAGGGGGCUUGUUAAUACUGGUAAUAUGUGCUACAUGAACUCUGUUCUCCAAAUUCUUGUUUCAUGCGUGCCAUUCUACCAGUUCCUGGACCAUAUUGGCCGAAGAGCAGCGCACAGCUUCCAAAGCGAUGUUCCAUUGGUCGAUGCUAUGAUUAUGUUUAUGAGGGAAUUUCGGGUUAUCGAUGCGGCGCAUUCGGAAGAACAGCUGAAAUUACGGCUGAAACCCAAUGAGCUGGAGCACUAUGGCGAAGCAUUUAUCCCAGAGUUCGUUUAUCAGGUUAUCAGACAGUUGCCACGUUUCCGGGACAUGCGACGCGGACACCAGCAGGAUGCGCAAGAGUUUUUGGGCUUUCUUUUGGAGGAAAUGCACGAAGAAUGCACUCGUGUCGCCAAAAAUGCCCCGGAAUCCGAAUCCCAAGAUACUAUUGAUGAACCAUCGGGCGACGGCUGGCUAGAAGUUGGUCACAAACAAAAGCCCGCAGUCACCCGCGCAUCCGGUGACAUUUCCCAAGAAUCGCCCAUCACCAGGAUUCUGGGCGGCAAGCUAAGGUCUGAAUUCAGAGUACCGGGCAAUAAGAUCUCAGUGACCUUGGAACCCUACCAGUCUUUGCAGCUCGACAUUGGAUCAGCUGAUGUCCAUAACAUCGUCGAUGCGCUCAGAGGUUUGACCAAGCCGGAAAAUAUUCAAGGCGACUUCAACUCUGCACGGGGCCCCAAUGUAACAGCAACCAAACAAAUUUUCAUUGAAAGCUUGCCACCUGUUCUCAUCCUUCAUCUGAAACGCUUCCAAUAUGACAAUGUGACGAAUGGCACACAGAAGAUCUGGAAGAAGAUCGGUUACCCACUCGAUCUUGAAAUGCCUCGAGAGGUCUUCCCACCUAACAAGCGCAAUGUCAUGAUGUCACAAGGUGGUCUUCCUAAAUAUCGACUUGUCGGUGUGAUUUAUCAUCACGGAAAGAGCGCUAGUGGCGGCCAUUACACGGUGGAUGUUCGACGACAGGAUGGUCGUGAAUGGAUCCGUCUUGAUGACACAGUCAUCCGCCGUGUCAGGAGUGAGGAUGUCGCUGAGGCAGGCGGCGAGGAAGACCCUAAGGUUCUUGCCGCGGCGCUGGAACAACAAAAGCGCCCCAAUGGCAAUAUUUUCGAUCAUAUCGAUCAGGAUGAUCUGGAACAUCCCGACAACGAGAGAGGGUGGAGUCAAGUUAACGGCACAGGCGCCAGUGGGCAUUCAAACAAAAAGUCCGUCUCGGGCAUUGCAAACGGGGCUUCUGCUCCAUCUGCCUCUGGGCUGUCAUCUGGAGUUCGAACUCCAAUCGGAAGAUAUGGAUCUCGUGACAACAAAGUCGCGUACUUGUUGUUCUAUCAACGAAUCGCGUGAUUCAAUUACAUCAAGUUUCAACACAGAUGAAAAAAAAAAUCAGAAAAAGAAAGAAAAAAAAGCAGUCUCUACUGCAUCGUCUCGACUUCGUCCUUCCUGUGUGCAAGGCAUAUUAUCCCUUUUCCUCAUCAAUCUCUCAAUACUACUUAAUGGGCGCCACUGCUCAUGUCGGCUGUACAUAUAAAAAAAGUGACAUCGACG